CCUAACAGAAAAAAAAACAAAACAAAACCCAAAACACUUCUUUCUCAACUGUGAGGUUGCGGACUUUCUUUGUGGACAGAGUCCUCCUCAGACCCCUCCAUGCUGGACCUGGACACGAGCUCAGACCCUCCCGUUUCUUGGAGGAGUAUUUAUUAAAAACCAAGUAGGUUCGAGGCCGGUCAAGUCAACCAGCCCGAGAAAGAUCCAGACCCGGCCCCACCCAGGCCGGAGGAAGAGCGGAAACUAAACAAGCAGGUGCACUUCACCGGGACAAAUUCGAACAAAACCCCCCAAGGCCGCGAGAGACGCCCUCUUAGAAUCCGAAGGGCAAGAGGGCCUGUCUGCGCAUGCCCGGAGGCGGCGCGUCCCACCGCGUCACCGCGCGGCGGCUGCGCGUGACGUCACUCCCCAGCGCCGGCAGGAAGAGGCCCCGGGCGCGCACGUGGGUGGCGGAGAGGCCAGAGAAAUGGCGAGUUCCGUAGGGCUGGCGCUGUGCGGGGAAGCGCUGGUGGUGCGAGGCGGCAGCCGGUUGCUGGCCACCUCCACUUCGAGCAGUGAUGGUGACAGCCUUUUCACAUAUGACUGCAGUACUGCACAAAAGAAGACACAAGAACAAGAGCAAAAAGGGGAGGACGGACAGCCCGGGGAUAAAGGGAGUGACACGAUCCUGGCGUCCACCUUCUCCAAGUCUGGCAGCUAUUUUGCUUUAACCGAUGACAGUAAGCGUCUGAUUCUUUUCCGUACAAAACCAUGGCAAUGUCUGAGUGUCAGGACCGUGGUGAGGAGGUGCACGGCCCUGACCUUCACGGCCUCCGAGGAGAAGGUCUUGGUGGCGGACAAGUCUGGGGAUGUCUAUUCCUUCUCGGUGCCGGAGCCGCACGGGGGCGGCAAGCUUGAACUCGGACACCUGUCGAUGCUGCUGGACGUGGCCGUGAGUCCUGACGACCGCUUUGUCCUCACCGCCGACCGGGACGAGAAGAUCCGGGUCAGCUGGGCCACGGCUCCGCACAGCAUCGAGUCCUUCUGCCUGGGCCACACCGAGUUUGUCAGCCGUAUCUUCGUGGUGCCCGAUCACCCAGAGCUGCUGCUGUCUUCCUCCGGGGACCGCACCCUGAGGCUCUGGGAGUACAGAAGCGGCCGGGAGUUGCAUUGUUGUCACCUGAGCGGCCUGCAGGAGCCGGCGGAGCCCUGGAGCGACCAGAGGUUUGCUGCGUCCAGGAUUGCCUACUGGCCCCGGGAGCAGUGUGUGGCGCUGCUGUGUGACAGGCUCCCGGUGGUCUUCCUCUUCCAGCUGGACACCGCCCGGCGGCAGUUGGUCCACAGACAGCAGCUGUCUUUCCAGCACAGAGUGUGGGACGCCGCCUUCGAGGAGAGUCGGGGGCUCUGGGUCCUGCAGGACUGCCAGGAGGCCCCCCUCGUGCUCUGCAGGCCGGUGGACGGCCACUGGCAGUCCGAUGGCGACAGCGCCGAGGUGGAGAGGCUCUCCGCUGUCCUUCGCGGGAACUGGGCCAUGCUGGAAGGCUCUGCUGGCACAGACGGUGGCUUCAGCAGCCUCUACAAGGCCACCUGCGACAACAUGACCACCUACCUGAAGAGGAAGGAGGAGCGGCUGCAGCAGCAGCUGGAGAGGAAGCGGCGCCGGGACCCGCCGCCCGGGCACAACGGGCCGGCCAAGAGGGCGAAGGCCGGGGAAGAGCCUCAGGGCUGCUCGUCCUGACACAGGGGCGUGGGCAGCCCCGGGAAGCAGGGCCCGCAGCGCCCCCCUCGACAGGGAAGGGCGUCCCCCGACUCAGGCCGGGGCCCUGGACCCUGGGCUUUGCUCCUGUCCCCUCGCCUCCUGGAUGGGGGCGCCUCGGGCUGGGGCAACCCGGGGAGGCGCCUGCAGAGGCCAGCGAGUCGGGUCCGUGGACGGAGGCGGCCCGGGACGCUCCUCCACGGGUGGUGACGGGACCGCGGGGAGGCAUCCUCUGGGGUGGCGCUGGGCGCACCGCGGCCCAGGAACACCCGCUCCACCCGCCUCGUCGCUCAGCAGGACGGCUCGCCGGCAGCUUCUGGAAAUGCAGCACGACACGUGGAGCUGAUGGCAAAAUACAUGGAGCAAAAAACCCGUUUCUGA